GGUUCUUAGGGCACAGUCCGCCCAGGAGGACAGAGCCAUGCAAAGCUGAGAGCAUCCCUAAACAGGAGACCUGGAAGUCGCCUUUGUUAGAGACAACAAGGGUUUGUUCCUCAGCUGAUGCCGCUCACACUCCCUGUCUCCCUCAGGCCUGUGGGACUCCAUCGGUCACCUCCUGCCUACGCUCCUGCGGGCUGCUGGACACAUGUCACCAUGCCCCUAGUUUGGAUGAGUGAGCUCUGCAAAUGAGAGGAAGACCAUGAAGACCCAAGAGAGGCCCAGGGCCUGGUGGAUGCGCAGCUGUCUGGGGCUGAGGAGGAGGAGGCCACAUCCCACUCCUCCUUCCUCUCCUCCUCCUUCUCUAUCCUGUUCUUGGGCACCCGGGAGGAGGUGGCUGCUGCUGUGACUCCAAGUCCUCCCCAGAGCCCUCAGAGUGCCUGGCCCUCCCCCACUGCCAUGGCAGCCGCUCCAUGGAGCCAAUCCCAAGGCCAUGGCUUCAGCAGCCAAGAUGAGGAGGGACCAAGAGCCUCGGAGGACCCGGUAGACGCUGAGUCCUCACUCCAAGAUGCACUACAUUUGAAGAUAGUUGACCUGAUGGGGUUCCUGCUCCUCAAGUAUUGCACAAAGGAGCCGACCACAAAGGCAGAAAUGCUGAAUCUGGUCAUCAGAGAUUACCAGGACCACUUCCCUGUGAUCUUCAGCCAAGCCUCUGAGUGCAUGCAGCUGGUCUUUGGCAUUGAUGCGAAGGAAGUGGACCCCAGCGACCACUCCUACGUCCUGGUCACCACCCUGGGCCUCACCCAUGAUGGGAUGCUGAGUGGUGAGCAGAGCAUGCCCAAGAUUGGCCUCCUGGUGCUGCUCCUGGGCGUGAUCCUCCUGGAGGGCAACUGUGCCCCUGAGGAGGAUGUCUGGGAAACGCUGAGUGUCAUGGGGGUGUGUGCCGGCAUGGAGCACUUCAUCUACGGGGAGCCCAGGGAGCUCCUCACCGAAGUUUGGGUGCAGGAACAGUAUGUGCAGUACCGCCAGGUGCCUCACAGCGAUCCUGGACACUAGAAGUUCCUGUGGGGUCCCAGGGCCCACGCUGAAACCAGCAAGAUGAAAGUCCUGGAGUAUUUGCACAGGGUCCGUAGCAGGGAUCCCGGUUCCAUCCUCUACCUGUCUGAAGAGGCUGUGAGGGAUGAGGAAGAAGGGGCCUGAGCCAGAGAUGCACUCAGGCACAGUCCAGGCCCACGUCCAGCAGCUUCUCCUGCCGGGCAUGAAGUGAGGCUGCUUCUUCACUGUGUGUUUGAAGAGAGAGCAGUCAGCAUCCUAAGUAGUGGAGGGCCAGGACGAGGUGGGGGGACACGGUGCAUAGCGUCUUUGGGUUUCUGUUCUCUAUGAUAGAUAUGGGAGAUGGAUCUUGGUUUCCUUACCAAUUUUUCAAAUGGCUUCCCUAUAAUAGAAGGUUUAAUUAGCUUCCACAUCUAAGUUUUCAAAUGACAUUCAUUACAUAUGAAUUUGUACUUAUCCAGUCCAAGAGGAAGAGUUUUGCUAUUUUGUAAAAUAAUUGGGACACCUUCCAUUGUAGUCUGUAACCGAAC